AAUGAGUUUUUAAAGAUUUUACUUCAGAUAUGCCCAUGAUGAAAUACUGCAGUUUUUGUGGUGUCCACUUAUCAGAAUUACAGAGGUGUAGUCGCUGUAAGGCAAAAUUCUACUGCUCCAGGGUGUGCCAACAAAAUCAUUGGAAGGAGGGACACAAGAAAGAGUGUAGGGAAGUGAGCGUUGAUGAAAUGAAGAACAUUUGCAGUUUUUGUGGGAUCCGAUCCUCAGAUUUAAUGAGAUGCAGUCGAUGUAAGGGAGAAUUUUAUUGUUCACGGGAAUGUCAACGAAAUCACUGGAAAGCUGGACAUGAGAGAGAUUGCAAGGAAGUGAGCAUAGACGAUUCAAGUUCACCAAUUUUGUCAUGCACUUCCUGCAAGAAACGGUCAGAGCAGCUAAAGAGAUGUACAGGAUGUCUGCAGGUGUCUUAUUGCUCCAGAGAGUGUCAACGUCAGCACUGGACACAAAAACACAAGGAUGAAUGUGUGAAGAUACAUGUACGAGCUGAGAGAGAUGGUUUACAAGGAGUGGAGAAAGGCGACCAGAAAGAUGUCUUCAACAAAGAGUCGACCGUUGAUGAAGAAGAUCAUAAAUUAAGUUCACAAAUUUUGUCGUGCACUUCCUGCAAGAAACCGUCAGAGCAGCUACAGAGAUGUACAAGAUGUCUGAAGGUGUCUUAUUGCUCCAGAAAGUGUCAAAGUCAGGACUGGACACAAAAACACAAGGAUGAAUGUGUGAAGAUACAUGUACGAGCUGAGGAGAGAGAUGGUUUACAAGGAGUGGAGAAAGGCGACCAGAAAGAUGUCUUUAACAAAGAGUCGACCGUUGAUGAAGAAGAUAACGAUCAUAAACCGCUAAAUGUUUGUACUGUAUGCAGAAAAACAGGUACAAUAAAAGUAUGCCAAAGAUGUAAACUACAAAAAUACUGCUCUCCUGAAUGUCAAAAAGCAGACUGGAAAACGCACAAAUCAAUUUGCACCGUAGAGGGAAAACCAACAUGUGGGAAUAAAAAGGGCCCUGGCAGUCCUUUGCCAAUAUGUGCAAACUGUAGAAGUCAAAGUGCAGAACUCAGGUGUUCUGGCUGUAGGGUUGUUUAUUACUGUUCAAAAGAUUGCCAAAAGUCUGAUUGGAAUAAACACAAAACAUCAUGUAAAGCAUACAGAUCUCAGCCGAGAGUGAGAGAGACUCUCACUAUUGCAGAGUGCUCAUUAAUGGGUCUUGUCACGCCGGAAGAACACGGAGGGAGAAACCAAAAUGACGGGAAAAUCCAGUUUGGAGAAAAAAAAGAUUUUACAGAUUUUUCCUGCAAUCGGUGUUUAAAAAAACUAGCCCCUGGGACUUUCAAUGUCACUUGUACCAUGUGUAAAUCUUCAAUUUACUGCUCAGAACACUGUAUGGAACUGGAUAAAUCUGAACACAAAAAAACAUGUGCAACAUCCGAUUUACCAGGUUCAGGUAUAACAAUGUCGUCAUGCGUUUACAAUUCUGCGGACGGUCAAUCUUUAAGAUUUGACAUUUCUCCUUCCCACGCCAAAUUACCCUACCCAAGAAAUCCAUUAUUUGUUACUGAUAAUGCGGAUUUAAAGUGGAUUGUGGAAAGAACUGCGCAAUCACGCAGUAAGGCGAUAGAGAAAACUAAAAGAAAGUUUCCCUAUCACACUCUGAUAACCCGUCUCAGAGAAAUUCCAAUAGAAGGGAAAUCUGCGUUUUCCUCUAACAUUGCUACACUUCCUUAUGUGUUUCUCGCCUACAUUAGAAGGUUCCAUAACUACAGGGGCUGUCAUAGUGUAUACUUGCAGGAUUCUGAUAGACGGGAGAUUUAUGCUUCCUUCUACCUCCCAAACGACGACCCAACACCAUACUUUCAGUGGAGUGACGUUGUUCCUGGAAAAUUCGUCGCCGUUUUGUUCCCUUGCAUCCAUUUCUUUUUAGAUUUCACUGUUGGUUUGCGCGUGGAUAAAGCCAAGAAUUUUUACUGUUUUGAUGUUAAAGACUAAAUGUUUACUUUUGAGAUUUAUGAUUCCUUCUACCUCCCAAACGAUGGUCCAACACCAUUCAUUCAGUGGAGUGACAUUGUUCCUGAGAAAAAAUUGUCGCCAUUUUGUUCCCUUGCAUCCAUUUUACUUAAUGAUUGCAUUGUUGACUUGCGCGUAGAUGAAGCCAAACAUUUUUAUUGUUAGAUUACUUGAUUUUCACUUCUGAUUGCACAUGUUCAUUUAUUAUAAGAAUUGGGGAAAAUACGUCAGCAUCGUUCCCUUUUUAGCUCAUCGAGCUUUUCUGACCGAAGAAUGUCUAGCGUCCGUCUGACUAUCAUGUGACGUCAGUAAUCCGUAAACUUUUCACAUUUUCGACUUCUCCAGAAUCACAGAGCCAUAUUCAACCAAACUUGCCACAAAGCAUCCUAGAUCAAAGAGUAUUUACGUUUGUUGAAAUCAAGGACCAGAUCAUUAAUUCAGAAAUAGUCAAUUUUAGGAUGGGGCAUUUAAAAAAUCCUUUUCUCAUAUGAAACUCUUACAGGAUAUAGAUUCAGUUUUAUAUAAAUCAUGUCCUUUGGAGGUAAGUGGAGCCACAAUGGGGAGGUCAAAUAUUUACCUGAGAAUAUGAAGGAAAAAAUGAUUUUAAAAUGAAAUAUGGAGAUAACGAACAGUAUUGAAUCUUUUACAAACAGAAGGGCCAUGAUAGAUGAUACAAAUACUUAAUGUUGAAGCUUUAGGAAACGGAGAUUUAAGGUUUUCAUAGCCCCCCCGUAAAGUUUUUGGGGGCAUUUAGUUUUUGGUCUGUCUGUUUGUUUGUCUGCAAAAAUUCUAACUUGCCCAUAAUUUUGAUGAUUUUAGCUAGUGCUUUCAUUUUUCUUGUGUAUUUCUUGUGAUAUGAUAAGACCUUUCUUUGGGUACAUAUUUAACUUUGACCAUUUGUGACCUCUUGACCUUUCACUUUGAUUUUUUAAAAUUAACCUUGGCUAUAACUUUUGAACAGUUGGUGCUAGGGCUUUUAUAUUUCACCUGUGACAGUACCUUCCCUUGGGUAUCAACAUUUAUUGCCUCUUGACAUUCGAGUCUGACCUACUUUUUAAAAACUUAAACAUUUGUCAUAUUUUUUGAAUGCUUGAUGCUAUAGAUUUUAUAUUUUUCUUGUGACAAGACCUUCUUUAUGUACCAAAAAUUGUGACCUUGGAGUUUGACCUUUAACCUUAGCCAUGACCUUUGAACGGUUGGUGCUAAGGCUUUCAUGUUAGGACAAGACCUUCCAUUUGGUACCAACAUUUGUGACCUUUUGACCAAGAGAGUUUGACCUACUUUCGAAAAACUUUAACCGUGUCCAUAACUUUAGAACAGUUGGUGCUAGGCUUUCAUAUUUCACAUGUGUAUUCCCUGUGAAAAUUAAGACCAUUCAUGUACAUAGUCAACGUGAACUAUACAGGAUACUUUACAAGAUGGUAUUUGUACAAUAUAAUCCCACUGUCACUUUCAAAAGGUUCACUGCUAAAACAAAGACUAGGAUGCUAUGAAUUGGAGCAUUACAGAUUUUGAAGCAAAGGAAUGUAAAAAAUAAAGCCUUAAUCAAUAAA